AUGUUGUUGGUAGAGCCAAGUGGUAAUCAGGAAAAGAAUAAAGAAAAAACCGAUUUUACAUACUCAUGGUUUUCAUGUAGGGAUGCUUGGAAAAAGUUGGAAGGGAUGAGUGAAUUAGAAGCAAAGCACAGAUAUGUAGAGAUAUUAUUACAAGUGGCUAUGGAGGCUUAUAAGAAACCUGCGGGCAGGGCUCAAGCUCACCAAAUCAUUCAAUCCUUCGCUGUAAUGCAACCUUCUGGAGAGAGCGGAGAUUCUUCCAGCGAGGAGGAAGACGAAGACGAUUCCAGUGCUGAUGGAUCUGUUGAUGCCGAAGAAUUAGCCUAUUUAAGACAGGUUGAAAAAUCAAUACCGGGCCGUCCGCCCACAUCGUCGUCGAGACAAUGGCGCGGAGGAGCGUCCAGUCGAGCUUCUUCUACAGGCCAAAUGUCAAUGAGAACUGCACCGACUGAGUUCCGAUCUUCAUCCUCACGUAGUGUGGAUUUACGUCCCAUGACAACCAGCAGAGCGAGGAGUUCUAGAGUGUACGAUGAGAAUUUUGAUGAUAGUGUGAAUCCAUGGGUGCUUCAUCCUUCAGCACGGCAACCACAGUUUCAUCAUAUACCCAAUAGACCGAGUAUAGUACAACAGGAUGCAUACAGGUCACCCAUGAGCACUUCGUCGUCCGUUACAGCAACACAAUAUAACAAUAGUAGUAUGGUCAAUGAAAGAUCAGGACCGUCGGAUCAGCAUGUACUGUUAGGACCAGCGACGAAGAGAGCCAUCGAGAGUCUUCAACAAGAGAUUGAGACAUUGAAUGAAAGGAUUCAUGGGUUAAGAAAAGAAAUGGUAGAUCGAGAUAAUAAGAGACUAAUUCCGGUUAAAAAAUCAUCGAGUACGUCGUCGUCGUCGUCGUCGUCUACGCCUGAAGAUGGCUGGAAAUGGGUGAUCAAGGCUGCUGUGAAACAUGCAAUCCUGAAUCUGAUGACAGGUUCAAUAUUGUUUCUUGUUCUUUAUAAAACGAAAAGCCCAAUAGCCCAUGUUAUCAUUCAAAUGAUUGGGAGGUUUUGGCAGAGGUUCAAACUUUAUAUUUUAAUGAGUAAAGCCGUAGUGUAA